CCUUGUACCAAAACUGCAUAUACAAACAAAAAGCAUUGUAAUUGGUAUUGUAUCAUUCAGACCAUGAAAAUGUUAUUUUACAUAAAAUGUCACAUGUCACAUGAAAGGUCACUGACCUCAAAACUAAAACAUAUGUACACACACAAUAUCUAUAUGUGUAUAAUAUAUAUAAGUUUCUCAAUGUGUCUCUCCAGACAUUACUAAUUAUAUCUCUCUUUCUUCUACAUCUCUCACGAUUAAUUGUUAACCGUAUGGAUCCACGCGUCCCCGCAACCUCCGUGUUCCGGUGGUCUCGGAGUCGCCGGAAGAUUCAUAUCCGCCGUCGUAAGACACAGGUGGUGCGUCUUGGUGGGAAGAACAAUGUGGUGUCACGUGGUGGAUUCUCGUUGAAGAAGAUGGUGAGGAGGAUGAAGCUGAAAUGGUUGAGACUACACUACGUGAGACUUGUGAAGAAGAUGAAAGGGUUUUAUUGUAAUCUGGUGAAAGAGUUCGUAGACGCAGGAGUUGAGCUCGAAGCGAUUCAGACGCAAAUGGCGGUUGAAGCUGCUGCGUUCGCGGUUCCGGGUUUAGGUCUCUCUUUCUCCUCUCUGUCAGCUCAUGACCGAGCACGGUAUUUUCUUGUAUAGUCAUAUAUUAUCACAUUGCUUAAAUAAUUACUCUUCGUAACAUUAAUUACGUUUGUUGUUGUAUCUUAUAAAAUAUAUUUUUUUUUUUUGAAAAAAGGAGAAACUUAUAAAUAUUUUAUUUUGUUGUGA